AUGAUUGUCCUAUCGUGGAAUUGUCGAGGUCUUGCGAGACCUGCGGCUAUCCAAGCCUUAAAGGUUUGGAGGAGAAGGUACAAGGUGGAUUGCUUAUUCUUGAUAGAAACUAAAGUGGGUAGGGAUCAGAUGGAUAAGGUGAGAUUUGAGUUGGAUUUUGAGUUUGGCGUUUUUAUUCCGGCCUUGGGAUUGGCGGGUGGCUUUUGUUUGUUGUGGAAUAAAGAGGCUAAUUUGAAGGUUGCUCGAGUUAGAGAAACAUCCUUUGAGUGUUGGGUUAGUGACCCUUCUGGGGGGAAGGACUGGACUUUAUUCGCAAUAUAUGGAACUUCGUAUAAGGAACAGAAAGAUGACUUUUGGGAGGAAGUUGCUAGUUAUGUAAAGAGAUGUCAAUCGCCUUGGGCGGUUGUGGGGGAUUUGAACGUUAUUCUGGAGAAGGAUGAUAAAUAUGGAGGGAGGAUGGUUUCGUACAGGGACUGUGAAAUUCUUUCUUCCUUUCUUGAAGAGACGGGAGGGAUCGAUUUGGGGUUUCAUGGGUGUAAAUUUACGUGGAGGAAUAAAAGGGAUAAUGGGAAGUUGAUAAGAGAAAGAAUUGAUAGAGUUUUGGUGGAUACCGAUUGGUUGACCCUUUAUCCGAAAGCGGGAGUUCGUAAUUUGCCCAUUGUGGCCUCGGAUCAUGGCCCCAUUCUUUUCGACUCGUUGAUGUGUAAGAGGAGAGGGUCUGGAAUUUUUAGAUUUUAUGAAGCGUAG